AUGGCUUCCACACCAGGAAUUCUCACUGACUGGCCAUGGACUCCUCUUGGAAACUUUAAGCAUGUGAUCUUGGCUCCUUGGAUCAUUCAUGGCGCAUACUCGUUUGUGGUUAAUGAUGGGAAAGAGAAAGAUCUAUCUUAUUUCCUCAUCUUUCCAUUUAUGCUGUGGAGGAUGAUCCACAACCAGAUAUGGAUCACUCUGUCUCGAUACCAGACCGCCAAGGGCAAUGGCCGAAUCGUUGACAAACCUCUUGAGUUUGAGCAAGUCGACCGAGAAAGAAAUUGGGAUGAUCAAAUAGUGUUCAAUGGGAUUUUGUUCUACCUAGGCAGCAGGCAUAUGCCUGGGGCUCAACAGCUGCCACUUUGGAGGACAGAUGGGGUUCUCCUGACAAUUUUGCUGCAUGCUGGCCCAGUGGAGUACCUCUACUAUUGGCUUCACAGAGCACUUCACCAUCAUUUCCUCUACUCUCGCUACCAUUCUCAUCACCAUUCCUCUAUUGUCACUGAGCCAAUCACUUCUGUGAUUCAUCCAUUUGCGGAGCACAUAGCAUAUUUCACACUCUUUGCUAUACCUAUGUUGACGACUAUACUCACGGGGACAGCUUCAAUCAUAUCCUUUGCUGGCUAUGUUACUUAUAUUGACUUCAUGAACAACAUGGGACACUGCAAUUUUGAGCUCAUUCCAAACUGGCUCUUCUCCAUUUUCCCUCCUCUUAAGUAUCUCAUGUACACCCCAUCGUUCCACUCUUUGCAUCACACACAAUUCAGGACCAAUUACUCACUCUUCAUGCCAAUCUACGACUGCAUCUAUGGAACCAUGGACAAAUCUUCAGAUACUCUUUACGAAACUUCACUCAAGAGAAAGGAAGAAACACCAGAUGUCCUUUAUCUAACUCAUCUAACAACACCUGAGUCCAUCUAUCAUCUACCGCUAGGAUUUGCUUCCCUGUCCUCUAAGCCCCACACAUCACACUGGUACCUGUGGUUGAUGUGGCCUGUGACAUUGUGGUCCGUGAUGCUUACUUGGAUCUACGGCCGUACAUUUGUGGUUGAGCAGCAGCGUUUUGACAAGCUAAGAUUACAAACUUGGGCCAUACCCAAAUACAGCUUGCAAUACUUCUUGCAAUGGCAAAAUGAAGCUAUCAAUGGCUUGAUUGAGGAAGCCAUACUGGAAGCAGAGGAAAAGGGUGUCAAAGUUUUAAGUUUAGGUCUCUUGAAUCAGGGUGAGGAGCUGAACAGAUACGGGGGUCUAUAUGUUCACAGGCAUCCUGAGCUGAAAAUGAAGGUGGUGGAUGGAAGUAGCUUAGCUGUGGCUAUAAUCUUAAACAGCAUUCCAAAAGGGACAACCGAAGUUCUUCUGAGAGGCAACCUCACCAAGGUUGCUUAUGCCACUGCCUUUGCUUUGUGCCAGAAGGGUAUCCAGGUAGCUACAUUGGACCAGACCGAGUAUUUGAAGCUCACAAAAUCAUUAAAUGUCACUGAGAGUCGUUUGGUCCUUGCAAGAAGUUAUGCCCAAAAGAUUUGGUUAGUGGGAGAUGGAUUGAGUGAAGAAGAACAACUGAGAGCACCAAAAGGAACAUUAUUUUUUCCCUUCUCCCAAUUUCCACCGAAAAAAUUACGCAAAGACUGCUUCUACCAUUACACUCCGGCAAUGAAGACACCCACAUCUCUUGAGAAUGUUCAUGCUUGUGAGAAUUGGUUGCCAAGAAGGGUGAUGAGUGCAUGGCGCAUAGCAGGCAUAGUGCAUGCCUUGGAAGGCUGGAAGGAGCAUGAGUGUGGUUACAACAUGUCUAAUAUUGACAAAGUUUGGCAAGCAACUCUCCAACAUGGCUUUCAGCCUCUCAUGAUCUCUACCACCCACACCAAAAAUUAG